AUUUACAUAUUUGGCACUUAGUCUAGAGAUACUGGCUCCCGAGAGAUUUGACGCAGUAUCUGGUCUGAGUGAAAUUAUAGUCUCAGGCCAGGUCCGCAGAUUUUCGUACAGAAUUGUGGGUGUCGGGAGUCGGUUGAGGACCGGGAAGCAGGCCUCAGAAUUCGGUUCCCGCUGAAGGUCCCCCCACGUUGAGGUUGCUGAGGACGCCUAGGUCUGUUGCAGGGCCAUGGCCGACUCGAAACUGCUGGUGCCGGAGCUGAACGAUGCAGAGACGAUGGGCGCUGAGACGUCGCGUUUCCAGGAGCUGCUGCUGCAGGCCUCCAAGGAGCUCCAGCAAGCCCAAACAAGCAGACCGGAAUCCACACAGAUACAGCCUCAACCUGGUUUCUGCAUCAAGACCAACUCAGCUGAAGGGAAGGUUUUCAUCAACAUCUGUCACUCUCCCUCCAUCCCUCCGCCGGCUGACUUGACCGAGGAUGAGGUGCUUCAAAUGCUGGAGGAAGACCAGGCUGGGUUUCGCAUCCCCAUGAGUCUGGGAGAGCCACAUGCGGAACUGGAUGCAAAAGGCCAGGGUUGUACCGCCUACGACGUAGCUGUCAACAGCGACUUCUUCCGGAGGAUGCAGAACAGCGAUUUCUUGCGAGAGCUCGUGAUCACCAUCGCCAGGGAGGGCCUUGAGGACAAAUACGGCCUGCAGCUGAAUCCAGAGUGGCGCAUACUGAAGAACAGACCUUUCCUGGGCUCCAUCUCCCAGCAAAAUAUCCGCUCCCAGCAGCGUCCUCGGAUCCAGGAGCUGGGGAACCUAUACACGCCCAGCUCCCCGAGACCUGAGGCAGGCCCUGAGAAGCCUCACCUGAGCCUUUGGCUGGAGGCCCCUGACCUCCUCUUGGCUGAAAUCGACCUCCCCAAACUGGAUGGUGCUCUGGGGCUGUCGCUGGAAGUCGGGGAGAAUCGCCUGGUGAUGGGGGGCCCCCAGCAGCUGUACCAUCUGGAUACCUACAUCCCCCUGCGGAUCAACUGUGAUGAGAGCAAGGCAGCGUUCCAUCAGAAGAGGAAGCAAUUGAUGGUGGCGAUGCCUCUUCUCUCAGUGCCUUCUUGACCGGAUGUCUUCCUGUGCUUCUGUUGAGGGGAGAGGCUGGUGGCUUCUCUACAACUGAAAUAAAAGAUAUUUGCCUUUGU